GGGGGGGAAAAAGGGGGGGAAACACCAUUUUCAAUUUUCUCUGCAGCAGAUACAGAAAUCAGAGUUCUUCAUCCGUCAAUUAAACACGCACGAACACACACACGCACAAACACACACAUUCUGUGUGAUUUUUGCAACUGGUAGUGAACAUGUCUUCGCCGCUAAAGCCACACGAGCGUAAGUUCCCGAUCAAAGACGAGAGGCGCGUGCGGAAAUUCUGCACAAUCAGUGAUAUGAGCGUUUAUCAAUCGGUCGUUAUCACUGAUGAAGAUUGUUUGCAAUCGGCCGAGAUUCUGAUUUCUACUGGUCAAGUAAUAUCAUGGAAGACUAAAGGGGGGGAAGAGCUGCUUUUUGUCAGUGAAAAGAUUAAUUGGAAACACGAUCAACCAAUUCGCGGAGGCAUCCCAAUUUGCUUUCCGAAGUUUUUGAACAAUGGAAAUAUCGAGAACCCAUUUAAGGCGGCUUGGCGUAUUGACACAUCCGUCCCUAAACACAACGACAAGGCAUCUCUUAAUUUGAUUCUGGAGCCAAGUCCCGCCGACUUGUUAAACUGGCCUCAUAAAUUUGAGUUCCGUAUGAGAUAUCAGGCGGCAGUUGUCGGAUAUCUGUUGAUGGCAGCUCGUAUAAGAAACACCGAUGAUAAGCCUUUUACAUUCCAAUUUUGCUAUCAAAACUACUUACCUGCCUCAGAUAUCAGUAACAUUCGGAUUCAAGGAUUGGAUAAACUGGAUUAUCUGGACUAUCAGAAGAACGAGCGAUUUACUGAACAGGAUGCUUCAAUCUCCAUUGACUCUGAAGUGGACAAGGUGUAUAUCAACGCACGAGGUGGAAUGAAUAGGAUCGUUGCCAUAAAAACUACAGUAGGGCAAAAUUAUUCCGUUCGGGGAUGUGCUAGUCUUCCUGAUAUUGUGAUGUGGAAUCCAUGGACUGAGAAGGCAAAGACAAUAAGUGAUUUGGGAGAUGGAGAGUAUAGGGAAAUGCUGUGUGUGGGGCCCGCUGCAGUUGUUGAUCCGGUGACGUUGAAUCCCGGCGAGGAGUGGACCGGGAGACAGAGUAUUUGCAUUGAUGAUUAGACCAACAGCAUGCUGAGUAUGAAUAUAUCAUCAGUUUCUCUAAAGUACUCUUUUCUGCCUUAGCCUAUACAUACAUACAUAUAUACAUGCAUUGAAUUUGAGGUCGUCGUGAUUUUCAAUUAGUUGAAUAAAUACCUAAACCAGCUUCCUAUUGAAAGACUUAUAAAAUUUUAAUGUUCCUUGUUAC